AGUAAUUAAUUGUGUUUUAAGUAGGAAAGAAGUGUUUUAGAGACGUAACAAUGGGAAAUAAGUCAUCACUAUUAUUAAGAGAAGAGGAAAUCGCUCAAAUUCAGGAGGAAACUGGAUUCACACCAGCGCAAAUUGAGCGAUUGUACUCUCGAUUCACGUCAUUGGACAGAAAUGACAGUGGAACAUUAUCACGUGAGGACUUUCUAAGAAUUCCAGAAUUGGCAAUCAACCCAUUAUGUGACAGAAUCGUUCAUUCCUUCUUUACGGACUCAAAUGAUGAUCGCGUUAAUUUUAGACAGUUUAUGCAAGUCUUGGCUAGAUUUAGAACGAUUAAGAGUAGCAAGGAAAACAAGCUAAACAGCCGUGAAGAGAAACUUAGAUUUGCAUUCAGAAUGUACGAUCUUGAUGAUGACGAAUCAAUCUCCAAAGACGAAUUACUUAAUAUUCUCCACAUGAUGGUUGGUGCUAAUAUUAGCCAGGAUCAAUUAAUGAGCAUCGCAGAAAGAACAAUUAUGGAAGCAGAUCAAGCCGGAGAUGGAAAAAUUACAUUCGAUGAUUUCUGCAAAGCUUUGGAUCGUACUGAUGUCGAAAAGAAAAUGUCUAUUAGAUUUCUUAAUUAA